AUGCUACGUCAAUCAUUAAGAUUUGUUACCCCAGUGUCUAGAGUGUCUAGAGUCUCUAGAGUCUCCAGAACUUUCACCACCGCUAGAGUGGUUCUACAAAGUAAGCCUGUCGUCAAGACUGCUCAAACCCUAUCCGAAGUCGAUGGUCCAGAGACUUUGAUCGGUCCAGGUGCCAAGCAAGGUGAAGUUCCAACCGAUUUGGAACAAGCCACCGGUUUGGAAAGAUUGGAACUUUUGGGUAAAUUGGAAGGUAUUGAGAUUUUCGACCAAAAACCUUUGGAUUCCUCGAGAAAGGGUACCAUGGAGAACCCAAUUGUCGUCGAAUCCUACGACGAUUACCGUUACGUUGGUUGUACCGGUUCUCCAGCCGAUUCUCACUCAGUCAUGUGGUUGAAGCCAAGCGUUAACAAAGUCGCUAGAUGUUGGGAAUGUGGUUCCGUUUACAAAGUGAAAGCCGUCGGUGUUGAUACUGGGGACCAUCACCAUUAG